AUGGCGGAAAUCGAAACCCUGGGUAUCCUCGACGAGGUUCAGUCCAUCGUCUCCGAUAAACUUCAAGUGGUUUCCUACAAGUGGCUUAGUCGGAACUUUUUGGUUUCUUCCAAUACUGCAAAGGAGCUGCUGCAGGCGUUUGUGGACAAGUAUGGAAAUGGAUUGGAAGUGAUUUACUCUUUGGCUGGUUGGUUGAAAAACAAUCCUUCGGCUUACCAUAUAAGGCUCGUGUCGAAGGAUAAACUUUCAGAUGCAAAGCAAGAAUUUGAAGGAAGUUGCUCCAUUCAGGUUUAUAGUGUACAAGCGUGCCUCCCUAAGGAUCCAGCAACCCUUUGGAAUCACGAAUUUGUCCAAGCCGAAGAUCUCUUUAAGCAACCACUUGCAGUUGAUAAUUGCUUGCGCGAUAACAGGUUCUGUGGAGUUUCAAAUUCAUUUGUUAAGCGAGCCGUGGGAGGAGCAAAUUCGGGCACGGAGACCCUGCAGGUGAAACCCUCCAAAGGCUCUGUUGGGUCCAGAAGCUCCGGAAACCCGUUGCAGCCUCCUGAGAGUGCAAAAACUGUUAAAAACGAGAGUCUCGUGAAGCUAGAUAGAGAACAGGGGGCCCAGCUUCGCGCAGAUAAAGAAAAAAUCCCCCAGGUGCCUCGUAACAACAAGAAGGGUCAAACUGAUAAAAACCCUUCAGGAAUUGGAGGGGCAUUGGCUGGCAUGUGGGGCCGUGCGUCUGCUAAGCCUAAACCUGAGGCUGCUUUGCUGCAGGCUAACAACUCCAAACAUAACUCUGCUGGAACAGCCAGUGCAGAAGCUCAAAUUUGUGCUCGCGAAUCAGUAGAAGACGCAAGCAGUGAUGAAGAUGGCCACGAUUUCAACAUGAAGAGAACGUCUAAUGGUGAAAGCAGUAGAAAGAGGAGAGUCGUGUUCGACUACUCAGACGAGGAAGAUGAAUACCAAGAGGUAGUGAAUCUAGCGUCACCAGAUCCUCCAAAAAAGUCCUCCCCAUGUUUAAAAGACGGGUUGAAUGCUUUUGGCCUGGAAUGCAAAUUAAGUUUCAAUGACAAGGAACAUAAGCCAUCGAUUAAAGAGGCGAAAGCAGAUGCCGAGAAAACUAAUCAACAUUCAAAAGAAAAGAAGAUUGAGGCUCCCACUUCAGAUAAGAACCUUAGCAAUGUUCAUAAAGCAGAAUCUUGCGUGAAAGAUACAGUCGCUAAUGUUGCGCCUAAGAGGAAAAAAGUGUUGAAGACACGUAUCGAUGAUCGCGGAAGAGAAGUUACUGAGGUUGUCUGGGAAGGUGAGGAGCCAGAUAGAAAAUCUGAUUAUAAUUCGGCUAAAGUUGCUGAGACGAACACGACAAACAAUGCUACUAACAGGCCGCCGGUGGUGAAAAAAUCGCCUGCAGUAACCAACACAGCAUCAAAUCAAACAGGGAAAGCUGGAAACAAGAAGGGUGCAAAAAAAGAUCCCAAGCAGGGGAAUAUCAUGUCAUUCUUCAAGAAAGCGUGA